AUGAUGGGCUGGUGGUCCAGCUCGGCCAACACGGCCCUGGACGAGCAGAUCGAGAAAGCCACCAGCAGCAGCUUGGAGGAUAUCGCUCUGAAUCUCGAGAUCUCUGAUGUCAUCAGGUCCAAGACCGUCCAGCCCAAGGAGGCCAUGCGCUCCCUAAAAAGGCGCAUCGGCAACAAGAACCCAAAUACCCAGCUGAGCGCCCUUAACCUUACCGACACGUGCGUCAAAAACGGUGGCACUCACUUCCUUGCCGAAAUCGCCUCGCGAGAGUUUAUGGACAACCUGACCUCGCUCCUCCAAGCCGUUGGUCCCGCCGCCGUCAACCAUGAAGUGAAGCAGAAGAUCCUCGAGCUGAUACAGUCCUGGGCCGCCGCUACCGAAGGCCGCCACGAGUUGGGAUACAUCGGAGAGGUCUACAAGACACUACAGAGAGAAGGCCACCACUUCCCUCCCAGGGUCACCGUCUCCAGCAGCAUGAUUGACAGUAGCGCUCCCCCCGAGUGGGUUGAUUCAGAUGUCUGCAUGCGAUGCCGAACCCCCUUCACCUUCACGAACCGAAAGCACCACUGUCGCAACUGCGGCAACUGCUUCGACCAGCAGUGCUCGACCAAGUCGCUGCCCCUCCCCCAUCUCGGCAUCCUCGCGCCCGUUCGCGUCGAUGAUGGCUGCUAUGCGAAGCUCACCGACAAGUCCAGCAAGGGAGGCGCGCCUUCGCCACUGCCCCAAGACCGAUCUCCCACCUACCCUUACAAGACCCGCAGCACGUCUGCUAUGCAGCCGCGCAAUGCGCGCGUUGACGACGCGUUCGAUGAGGAUCUGAAGAAGGCCCUGGCUAUGAGUCUGGAAGAGGUCAAGAAUUACUCCAAGGGCUACGUGCCUCCCACCGCCAACGGCCCGGAUGCCAAGGUGAACGGAAGCUCUGCUGCCCCGACGAAUGGAGCAGAGGAUGAGGACGAAGACCUCAAAGCUGCCAUCGCCGCCUCGCUGGCCGACAUGGAGGAGCAGAAGCAGAGGCACGCCGCUGUAUUGAAGGAGCAGACAUCGAGCGCUGGAUCUUCAUCGACUCAGCACUUCUCCUUGCCCAAGAACGACUACGAACUUACCCCGGUCGAAGCCGAGAACAUCAACCUCUUCGCGACCCUCGUCGAUCGCCUGCAGACACAACCGCCUGGAACCAUUCUGCGUGAACCCCAAAUCCAGGAGCUGUAUGACAGUAUCGGUACCCUGCGGCCGAAGCUCGCCCGCACCUACGGAGAGACCAUGAGCAAGCAUGACACCCUCCUGGAUCUCCAUGCCAAGCUUUCCACUGUCGUGCGAUACUACGAUCGUAUGCUCGAGGAGCGGCUUUCCAAGGCAUACAGCCAACAUGCCGUCGGAGGAGGUUACAAUCUUCCUCCUGUCCGCCAUUCGACCGGCUCUUAUCCUUCACUUCAGGCCAGUGCCCCUGGUGCUGCCGAGAACUUUUACACUGGCGAGCAACGAGUGGACUAUGGUCACGCUCCGCCACCCCAGGCUUACCCUCCUCAUCCUCAACACACUCCUCAGCCUCAGUACGCGACGUUCGAUAAGCGAGCUUCGGUGUCUGGGCCCCCAACUGGCGUAUACCCUCCCCAGGAGCCUCAACGGACAGACAGCUGGAGAAGUGGAGGUGCGCCCGCGCCCGAGCAGUAUGCGCCUCAACCUUCGUAUCCCAGCGAGCCUACCCCUCCCGCAAACCACCAAAACCAACCUGCCGCAACACCAUCAAACGAUCCCAACGCCUCUUACUACUUCAACCCUCAGCAACCCAGUGCGCCCCCGUCCGCACCACCAUCCGCCGACCCGAAUCCCUCUCCGUACCCCAAUCUUCAGCAGGCGGUGCAGUAUAGGCAGUCUGUGUCUCACCAGCAGACACCUGUCCAAGCACCGGCCCAACCCGCUCAGCAUACACAGCAGCAUCAGGCUCCGCCCCAGCAGCAGAGCUACUGGCAGCCGUCAGUACCCCAGCAAUCAGCGCCGCAGCAUUGGCAGGGCCAGUACAACAGCGGAUAUACCCAGGAGUCGUUCCCGACUGCGCCGCAGCACGCCCCGAAGCAGCCGGCUGUGGAGGAGAGUCUAAUUGAUCUUUGA